ACUGUAUAGUGUAUACCAACAAUAGCAAACUAAAAAAACAGCUGUUCGUUGUGAGCAAGUGGUCUUCGCGAAAACAUUACAAUGUUUAUCUGUCGCAUUUAUUCAGUUUUCCUGUACAUAAUAUGACACACGUAGAAUACAUUGAGUUUAUUUGGUCUGGGUGUCCUAUAUGCAAUUAAUACAGUGACUGACAGUUCUUAGAAUGAGAUUUUCACAUUACAAGUUAAUAGUACUUAAGCAUAACAUAAACUUAGUUACAGAAUCUUGCAGGGUUGUUAUAUAGGUCAUAUAUAAAUUGAAGAACCGAGUUACUGAGAAAAUGUUGUGGAGAAUACAGAGAAUAAAAGUCACCUCUUCGGCUAUGGUCAGUUUUCAGCAGUAUUCAACGACGAAAAGACGUCGUGUUGUCGUAACGGGUAUAGGAGUCGUUUCUCCAUUGGGGUGCGGGGCCCAGCAUGCAUGGAACAGAAUAUUAUCAGGUGACUGUGGUAUUGUUCGUCUCCCCGACGACAGAUAUGGAACCCUUCCAUGCAAAAUAGCAGGUCUGGUGAAAAAAGGAAACAGUGAUGGUGAAUUAAAUAUAAAUCUUCAUUUCGCUGACAGGGAGCUAAGGACAAUGGCGCCAGCGACAGUGUAUGCAAUGGUAGCAGCAAAAGAAGCGCUAGAGGACGCAAAUUGGUUCCCAGAGGAAGAGGAAAUGAAACAGCAGACGGGUGUUGCAAUAGGAAUGGGAAUGGUUGAUAUGGAAGAUAUUUGUAGCACAAAUGAAUCACUAAAGAGGGGAUAUAAUCGUGUAAGCCCAUAUUUUGUUCCUAGAAUUCUUGUAAAUAUGGCAGCUGGUCUGAUAAGCAUUAGAUAUGGCUUUAAAGGACCUAACCAUGCUGUUUCUACAGCUUGUGCAACUGGUGCUCAUGCAAUUGGCGAUGCAUAUAGGUUUAUACAGCAUGGUGAUGCUAAAGUUAUGGUUUGUGGGGCCACUGAAGCAAGUGUCAAUCCACUCUCAAUUGCUGGAUUUUGUAGGUUGAGAGCUCUUAGUACAAAAUUUAAUGAUGAGCCUUUGAAAGCGUCAAGACCAUUUGACAAGAACCGUGAUGGUUUUGUGAUGGGCGAAGGAUCAGCCGUAAUUAUUUUAGAGGAACUAGACCAUGCUAUUCAAAGAGGUGCUCAAAUAUAUGCAGAAGUGUUAGGGUAUGGUUUAUCUGGAGAUGCAUCUCAUCUAACAGCACCCAAUGAAGAUGGACUGGGAGCGACAUUAGCAAUGUCAAGAGCAAUAUAUGAUGCUAGGCUACAGCCAGAGGAAAUAAGUUAUGUCAACGCUCAUGCUACAUCUACUCCACUUGGUGAUGAGAUAGAGGCAAAGGCUAUCAGCAGACUGCUUGGUAAACACGGUGGUGUUGCUGUUUCUUCAACCAAAGGAGCUCAUGGACAUUUGCUUGGUGCUGCAGGUAAUCUAGAAUCUGUGUUCACCAUUAUGGCUAUUAAGACCGGCUUCUUACCUCCAAGUAUAAAUAUUGAAAAUGCAAUUGAUGCCAAAAAUGUACAUUUUGUUUCAAACAUUAAGAGAGAGUGGAAUCAUCAGAAGAGGAUUGCUUUAAAAAAUGCAUUUGGUUUUGGUGGAACUAAUGUAUCAUUAUGUUUUUCACAAUAUGUGAGCUAGGUUUUCUUGUUUUGGUCUAAUAAAACAUGCCAUAUUUUUUGUA